AUGUGGGCGAAGGUUCUAUGUCACGUCGACCAUCUUGCUCACGUCUGUUUCAAUUGGUUUAAACUUCGUUCAAUCCGCUGGAAACCGGGCGGUGCUGUCUACGUGAAAUGGGUCCUCUACAAGAUGCGAGUCGGCUUCCCCAUCGAUCAUUUUAUCCUCCUCUUUCGCAAGGUGAUCAGGCUGCCCAAUGGGGAGACCGGUUAUUCCGGUUUUCAAUAUGUUAUUGUACCCGGACACCUCGACGAAUACAAAGUCUCCGGUCUGGAAAGUCAUUCAAACUACAUGUUCGUCGUCUAUGGGGUGCAUGAACCACCACAAAUGCGUCCAUCGGAGGCCAUAUUCACCGGUGGACUUAAUGAUCGUAAAAUCACUCAGUUCAGUCAGGAGGUUUUUGUGCCUGCCGAAACGUCCAGACUGACCCCCGUCCCAUCUCUCUUUUUUUCUUUGUCCUCCUCGAUGAUCCCCCGCGCCCGACAGACGGAGCCAAAUGUCAUCGGUUUGAAUCCUCCCUCCCAGGCUAGUGACGAGACGCCGCCCACCAAACCUAGACUCUUCGACAUGAAUUCUACCUCCUCGAACUCCUUAAUGUUCCUCAUUCUCGGUGUCCUCGCGGGCUUCAUGCUGACGGUGAUGCUAGCCCUGGUAGCUGUCUGCUUCUGUCGUCAGCACAGGGAGAAACUGCGUCUACUUGCCCAGAUGAAUUCCAAUACUAAA